CUAUAGGCCGGUGCAUUUAAUAAUCACUUUCACUUUAGUACUAAAAGUACAACGAUACGGUAUCUAUCAUUGUUCGCAGUAUUUUUUCGAACGGAGAUUUGAGACAAAAAUAUGACGGUUCUGACGCACAUCAAAAAUGAACCGGCAGAAAAAUCGGCUGCGAAAGACUGCGAUUCCAUUGUGGUUCCGGACAAACCGAAUUUGAGCGGAGAUUGGCCGAAUUUUUUUCUACUUUUGUUAUUAUACACAAUGCAAGGCAUGCCUUUGGGCUUGGCCGCGGCCAUGCCGAUAAUUUUACAAAGCAAUAAAAACGUGACGUACAAGGAUCAGGUAAAUCGAUUUUACAUCUUAAUAUUUGAUGUUAAUAUUCGGUUCUACAUAAAUCUGUUUAGGCUUUAUUUAGUCUGGUGGCGUGGCCGUUUAGCUUGAAACUCCUAUGGGCUCCGAUAGUGGACGCGUUGUACGUACAAAAUAUAGGAAGGCGAAAAUCUUGGCUCAUACCAGUUCAAUUAUUAAUGGGUGUGUAUAAACAUUAUUAUUUGUAUGUCUUAAGUGUUGAAUGCACCGAUAUAUUUUGUAUUACACACUCACAACAAAAUACUAUCUAUUAAAUACGAGAAAAAAGUUAAUGAAAAUAUUUUUAGUUUUAAAAGUUGACCUUUGAAAACAAAUCCGAAUUCGUAAAUUCGAAAAUUAUAACGACUUACUUACUGUUAAACAGGAGCGAGCUUUCUUUACUUGUCUAACAACAUAGACGACAUGCUACCCGAAACGGGAAAACCUAAUAUACUGAAACUGGCGUAUGUGUUUUUCGCUGCCAAAUUAUUAGCUGCCACACAAGAUAUUGUUGUCGACGGUUGGGCGCUGACAAUGUUGAAAAAGUUGGUAUUAUAUUUUACAUAUAAUGUCAAAAAAGAAAGUUGUACGUUUUAAUCAUGCAAUUUGUUAUAUUCCGUAUACAGAAACAACGUAGGCUACGCGUCCACAUGCAAUUCGACUGGUCAAGUAAUGGGUGUGAUGAUAAGUUCCGUGUUUUCCGUACUAUUAACGUCCGAGGACUUUUGCAAUAAACACUUACGAUCUGUACCCGAAAAAGGCGGAAUAGUGACUAUGAGAAGUAAGUGAGUAAAUACGUAAUCAUUCAAAUUGAUUGAUUAAAAACCGAAUUCUUCGAGUUUUAAUAACCUAUCAAGUUAAGUCCAAGAACUAUAUUAUAACGAUAAAAAUCUUGUACCAUCGUUUAGAUUAAAAUUAUCAAAAUUAAAAUGUAUAAUAUGUGUUUUCGAUUUUCAUUUUAAACAGGUUUGUUUUUCGUCUGGGGCAUUAUAUUCAUGUUUGUUACGAUAUUGAUCGCCAUAUUAAAAAAAGAAAAAGAUAAUAGAUUAGAGGACGACCACGUAAAGCUCAAUAUUGUUCAAAACUAUUCACUACUGUGGGAUAUUUUGAAGUUGCCCAGUAUCCGAAUAAUAGCUGUCGCCUUGUUGACAGCGAAGGUAAAUAAUUGUAAUAAAAAAAUAAAUAAACCGUGUUUAUAAGUGUCGUCAUCGGUAAAAUGAAUUGUAAAUAUUACAUUUUCCACAAAAAAGUAUUAUCGAUUGAGUCAUUUGAUUUUGGAUGUACCUACAUAAAAAGUUUAUCACAUGAAGAUCACAAUAUCAACCGAAUAAUAUUAUUUGUCGCAUAAUAUUAUAUUUUCUAUUUUGUACUUAAAUAACCUUUAAGGCCUUUUGCAUGAUUUCACCAAGAUCCAUCACGGUUCCUCGCUAGAUCUGCCAUCGUCCAUUUAUCUUAUGUUUUUAACCAUUGAUGUACAAUCUUUUUAAUUUUUAAGUCCUCGGUUUCCAUUUUUUCCGAAUUCUCCACUUAGAUUUUGUGUGGCUCCUUAUAUUUUCCAUAGCGCUUUUCUUUCGGACCAAUAUUCGGUUGUGUAAAUUGCUUCUGGAUUGAAAUAACAAGUGCACGGAAAAAUAUACUUGAUUUGUUGCACCUAUCCAUAUUAUAGUAUAUCUCGUUAUAUAUAUUAUUCUUAUCGUUGAUAUUGAUUACCGAAUAUUUAAAAUUGUCCACUUGCUCAAAAUAAUAUAUGGUCCCGUAUAAAAAUUGUAUUUAUUUAUGACACGUUGACAUUGUACUAGGUAUUUAUAGUUUUUUCACAUAAUAUAUCAUAUUAUCUGUAGCUAUCGGACAUUCAAAAUUACUUUACUGUACGAUACCCAUGCUAAACGAAUUUAAUAGAAUUGCUGAAAAAAAAAAUGAAUACAAUAUUAAACCAAAUAAAUAAUUUUUUGUAUUAAUAUUAUUUUAAUCGAUAACAUUGACAGAUUGGAUUCGCAGCAACUGACAGUGUAUCGAUUUUGAAAUUAAUUGACGCAGGCGUAUCGAAAGAUAACAUCAUGAUGAUACACACGGUAAUGUUCGUAAUAAAAAUUGUGCUACCGCUAGUCGUAGCGAAAUACACGUCGGGUCCAAAACCGAUGAGCGUAUAUCUAAAGGCGACACCCGUCAGGUAAAUAAUAAUUAUAGAUACAAAUUUAAAUAAAGUAACUAAUUUUAAAUUGUCUAGUGAUCAUUUCAUUACUAAAUAAUUGUUAAUAUUAACGUUUGAAAUACAAUUUAAAUAUAAUUUAAUGAACGAGUGCGUUUGCUUUGACCUUGCAAUUUUGAUGCUUACCUCGAAUUGACAUUCGAGAUUGUCAAUAGUAAACGCAGAGGUCAUAAAAAUUAAAUUUUAUUCGUGUAUUUUUUUUUUUUAACAAAAUUGUAACUAAAUUUCAUAUACUGGUAGAUAUGGUAAAAAAACGUUAAACAUAAUUGGAUACUAAAUUUACAAUUUUUAUGCAACCAAGGUAUUAGUGAGACAUCGAAAUUAAAAAAAAAAAAAUUAACUUAACUUAAAGUUAAUGAGUGUCGAUUCAUUUUUUGAAACAUUUAAACCAAUUAAUUGAUUUAAAAUAAACAUACUUAAUACUCCUAUUUUUAAAAAUGAUUUGACUUCGUAUCUUUGUUUUGUAGGAACAAUAUUUAUAUAUUUUUGUAUUUUUUUUUAAAUUUAUUUUAAAAAAGUAAACUGUUAAUAAUAAGCAAUAAAUUAACUUCAGUGAAAAAUAAAAUUGUGUGAAUGGUAGUGUGUGAAUUUUACUCCAGCUUAUCACUCUAAAAAAUCGUAUUUGUCUCUAAAAAUGGCAAUAUAACAAUACUGAACCCUUUUACCUUUUUAAUUAGCUCAAAUGUAUUGAUAUUAUAUUAUUAUUAUUAUAUUAUUCGUUGAAUAGCUCAUCUUGAUUAUUAGUUAGGUACCUAUUCAAUUACUGUUUUUUUUUAAUUUUAGUUUUUUUUUUUUUUUAACAAAUUUGUUACUAAAUAAUUCCAGCAAUGUAAACCACACGAGUGAAGGGUAGUUACAUAUAAACUAUAAAUGAUGUUGAGCAUGAUUAGUAACUAUCGAAUUUUAAAUAUCGUAAUAUCUAUUUCAAUAAUUUAUUAACACGGAUUGAAUCUGCUCACCUUUCUGUCGUCACCAUCAUCGCCAUAACUAUUAAUUACAAUGUACAAAAGUCUUGUAAUAGUUUAUUAUAUUAUCACAUGUAAUGAUAUUCAUCAUGUUGACGUACUGCAUUGUUCUUCAAAAAAAGUACACUAUAAUAUAUAAGUCUACAUAAUAUUAUCUGAUUAGUAAUAUCGUAUUUUUUUUUUUAUAUAACUGCUAUUAUUGCAUGUUAUUUUUAAGCAAUCAUUAGGCAUCACCCGUAGAGAGCAUAGUUGCGUAUUCAAAUUUUUUUAUUUAGAUGAAGUAAGUUUUGAUUCGAGAAAAACCACAAAUAAUAAUUUCUACAAGUCUAUAUUAUAGGUAUAGUGUGUUUCAACAAAUGGUAACACGAAAUAUUUCAUUCGGUUCGAUUUAGAUUGAAAUAGGAAUUUUGUUUUUUUAGGAAUGUACAAAAUAUUUGCACGUUUUGAGCCAAUUUUUUGAAAAAUUACCUAUUUUACAUACGUAACAAAACUUAUAUAAUUUCUUAAGUAGUCUUAGUUUAUUAAGUCUGAUAUGAAUAUUUCAAGGAAUAUUUUUCGCAGGGAAAUAUUUGAUUUAUAUAACCUGUACAAUUCUUUUCUGAGAUAAAACCAUUAACAAUUAUUAAAUAAUAAUAUUUUUCCUAAAUUUUUCAAAAAUUUAAAACGCAUGACUUAAAAAGUAAAGAAAUUUAAUUAUGACUUUUUAUCGGAGAAAAAUGAUGAGUAAAGAUAAUCAUAAAAUUACAAUAAAAUACGUGGUAAAUUAGAUGAAAAUAAACUUUAGAUGGUUUUAUCACUUUUAUCUCAUGACAUUUUUGAGAUAGAACAAAAUUAUUUUGAUGCAAGUUGCUUAAAAAUCAAUUGAACCUGGUAUUAACAAUAGGUGUUUCCAUAAGUAAAUAUGUUUUAUUAAAUAUACGUGAGCCAGAAUGGUGACAAUUUAGACAUUUGUCUCAAAAUGGGAUUAUGUUUAUUAUUGUUGUUUUUCGUUAAAUAAACCACAAAACAUAUUAAUCUUCAACUGUUAUACCUAAGCUUUAUAUAGCUCCUAAUAAAUUAUUGUUCGUCGUACAUUUAAGUGAUUGAUCAUUUUCCCGUUAGAUAUUUGAUUAUCUCGGAAAGUGUUUAAUUUUUUCGGAAUUUUCUUAUUGGAAAUAGUAAAAAAUGUGUAGUGUAAUAACACUUUAAGGCUGUCGAGAUAUAUCUAUCUAAUGGAAUGUCUUGUGGAAAAUUGAUCAACCUGUACAAUAUAUAUAUAUAUAUAUUGAAUUGUAUAUUUGUGUAUAAACAUUUAUAAAUAUUUCAGAUUAGUUGUGAACGUUGCGCUUCUCGCGCUGGUUUAUUAUACGCCAAAGUUGAUCACGGUUAACGGAGUUGUAGAUGUCCCGAUGUACUAUUAUGCACUUUUAAUAUUUAUAUUAUCGAUACAUGACGUGAGUUGAAAAAUGUUAUUCCAACUAUUAUAAUUUUUAUAAUUUAAAUAAUUGAUCAAAACGUGUUGAUUAAUAUUAAAAAAAAAAUUGACGCUGCUCAUAGGUAAGCUACUGUUGUGGGUGGGUAGUUCGGAAUAUAGAAUAUACAGGAUUAUUUAGUUUAUACACUGUGCGAAACGAUAAAUCACUGUAAAGGAAAAACCAUUCUGAGCUAAGUAGUAUUUAGAAGUCAUUUUUCCUUCUUGCCCAAGGUGGCAAGGGGACAAAUUAAUCAAAUAGAAAAAGGACCUAGGGAUGCACUGCUGAAAAUUUCGUUAAAUAUUUAAAAUAUAGUAGCCCCGUUAAACAUUUUGCAGAGGUAUAUAACAAUAAAGUUAUUAGGUAAAAAUUAAUAUUUUUAAAAGAAAUAUGGAGAAUUACGAAAAUCAUUUCAAAUCAUCAAAUCGAGGUAAAAAUCCACACCUUUUAAGAUAUGGCGUGGAAAUUAAAAUUUCACAGAAUUUUUACUAACCGUAAAAGUAUUUCCCGAGAAAAAAAACACAGGUAUAAAACUAAUAGGUAUAAGUACUUAGAAACUAAAAAUAAAACUCGUUAAUGAAAUACACGUCAUUAUGUUUAAUAAUUAAUUUAAGUGUUUAUCGAUAAUCCGAAAAGUUACAAAACUGUGUGCAUCUAUACCUAUACAAAAUUUGAAAUAAAAUUCAACCGUACCUGAAAACAUAAGGUAUACCUUGAAAAUAUUUCAAAUAAAAAAAUAUAAGAAUGAUUGAUUUUUUUUUUCUCCAGAUUAUAUCCAAUAUCAUGAGCGUUUCUACGGUGGCUUUUUUUUCUCGGAUAAGCGAUUCUCGUUUUGGCGGCACUUACAUGACACUAUUAAAUACCCUCUCGAAUUUAGGGCACGCGUGGUCGUCGUCCGUCGCAAUCGGAAUGAUUGAUCUCUUAACGUUCAAAAAGUGUUCUCUCGAUCCCGAUAACAAUUGUUCUACAACUGACCUUCAAAACGUAAGUUAUUAAUAUACAUACAUUUUUUUUUUUUAACCUGUAAGGUAUUACCUAUGUAGUAUACGAAUACUAUAUAAUAAGGCAUUUUAAUAUUUUUUUUUUUUUUUUUUUUUGUAAAGCUUUAUUUAAAAAAUUACGAUCUAUACAUUUAAUAUUUUUAAAAACGCAAUUUCACUUGACGAUCGAAAGUGUUUUUAUUUGCAUAUUUAUAAAACUGUUAAUAUUUUCAUUAAAUAUUUAUUAUUAUUUUUUUUUUUUUUUGGUUUAGACGUGUAAAACGAACGGAGGCGAUUGUGUUAUACAAGUGAACGGUUAUUACGUUGAAACGGCCGUGUGUACCGUCAUCGGAAUCGUUUGGUUCGGCAUUUUCUUUAAAAUCCUUAAAAACCUCCAAAUCAAGAGUCCAUCGCAUUGGCUGGUCAACGUGAAACCACCGACGCCAAUCAAAGAAGACGAUAAAAACGAUAAAAAUACGUAUUCCGUUAUAGUGAAAUGAAAUUCUACGGACGGUGUUAUCUGUUAGAAAAAAAAUUGUGACAAAUUUAUUAACUAUUACUAUUAACAUGUUAUGUUUUUAAUGCUAUUAAUUUUUAUAGAAACAAACCGUGAUAUCAGUUUAGUUAUAGGAUUAAAUAAAUUAUAUACAAAACUAUUGUAUAUAUAUAACAUGCAUAUACGAUUUUCAUUAUUUUCUAAGUAGGUACUUCAACAAUUUUUUUUGUUUUUUCGCAAUUCUCAAAAUUCAUAACUACCUACUGUAUUAUGAUAAAACUUACAAAACGUCCGAAUCGUUUAUUUUCUGUCUUUUAAUGAAAAAUUCGAUGGAAAUAUUUUAUAUUUUAUAAAUAAAUAAACGGGGUACGUACUGAUGAGACUAUUGUAAAAGUCUAUUGUAAAACCUAAUCAAAACGAGUCUUGGUAACAAUAAAUUGAUUUUUUAAUCAAAACUAAACUUUGUUUUGUAAAUUACAUAUUGAUUUUUAUUAUUAGGUACUUAUCUACCAUACUAUAUAAAUAUUAAGCAUUUUAACUAAAUGUAUUAUUAAUUAUUGUUACUAUAUAAUAUUUAAUUAAUUAUUUAUUGUUGACACGCAUGUUUAAUGCAUAUUAAAAUAUAAAAACUGUGC